AUCUUCGUAUUUUGAACCCAAAAAAGCGCCAUAGUAUGAUUUUGGCCAGAGCACGAAGACACUUUUUAUGGAAAUUAGUCUCUCGUCCUCGUCCACUUCCACAAUGAAUAUAUAAUUGCAUACGGUAAACAUAACAUAAUAGCAAACGUAUUGGUUGUGGUUCGCUGUUGCUUUGACGAAGCCAUGUAUCUCUGCUAGCAUUUUAAAAUGAGGUUUCGAUAUGUAAACCAGAAUGUUUUUAUUCUUAUUGUAAUCGCCAUCGUUCUGCUCAUUUACGUAUAUUUUUAUAGUGCAAUAACUACGACUUAUUCCGCCGAAUAUUUCACUCAAAAUGAUGAAAUCAUUUUCCCAAAUGUUUCGUUAUUUUCCAAUUUUUCCGGUAAUAUUUCAUUAUUUGUGAGGAUGUCUGGCAGAAUGGACCACAGGACUCGUUUUUACUGUAUUUUCUUCAAGCCAGUUGUUGUAUUUUGGCCUCCUUCAUUGGGAAAAAUUGUGGUCGCACUUGAUGAAGAGUCACAAGAAGAUCACGAGUUCGGCAAGCAACUAGAACAACAGACCAGACAAUAUUUCCCUGACUACAAUAUGGAAGUUAAAUACGAACCAUUACCUAAGGACAAGACAGUUUUAGAUUUUCCACGUCGACUCAAGAGUCCUGGCUACAACCGCCAGCUCUGGAGCAGUUUCUUCAUUGAUAAAUUUACGAAUGACUCGAUAAUCGCAUGGAUGGAUAAUGACGCCAGUUUAUUGAUUCCGGUGAAACAAUCCACUAUUCUUAACGCAACAAAGGUCCGUGUUGUAGGCUCUUGUUGUAAUACAAAAAGAUACGGUUGGGUCAGAUCCUGGGCAAAAACAACGCAGCUGGCCAUCGGGUUUCCAAUGAUUGCUGACUUUAUGACAUAUUUCCCUGUGUAUUUUUACCGCGAUACGGUAACGCACUGCAGGAGUCACAUACUCAAAAGAUUCAAGACGACCAACUUUGAAGAAGCCUUUAAAAGAUUCUAUCACACAGACACUGGAUAUCUCUCUCCAGUGAGUGUAAUUUUGAGUUAUGCCUGGUAUUUUGAAAGAGGGAGAUAUGACUGGAGCCUUGAGGUUUGUGAAGACCUGGCGGAAUAUAACAAAUUUUUACCAAAUGGACGCAAAUUGGAACCCAAAUACACAAAAAGUGUUCUUGGCCAACCGCACACAGGAGGUCAUGGUGUCCAGAUCCCAAAUCACCUUCGACGUGUUCCUCGAAUUAGUUUCUGUCAAUCACAAAUAGCGGCGGGAAAUCGGCCAGAGAUGUGUAAGAAUCACAGUGCAUCAGACAUGAAAGAUCUGCUCAUGCUUUUCAACCAUGAUUCCCACUAUGUAAGAAUUGAAGCAGGUCAGACCCCAUGUACGGGUAAAUUAGAAAAAUACUGUAUGACAAUCCUGGAGGAUUAUCACCGAGAUAUUGGCCGCGAAAUCAAAAAUAGGAAGCGUAAAAUCGUGUGGCAAAAUAUUGAGACUGUCGCCAACAUUUCGAAAAAUGCUGGAAUAAGCUGUCCAGAGAACUGGUUUCGAGUGUAGUAACCGCUAACGCUAUUUUUUAAGUCUUGUUUGGAAAAUUAUAUAGCUAUAAACUAGAAAUUUGUCUUGCCGGCCAUAGAAGUUGUUUUAAAAUUUUUAAGGAGUAUUUUUGGCCUUUGCAAUAUCCCUAACAAUAAAGCUGCAUACACAGGGUGUCCCAAUAAAAACCAAAACCAUUGAAAUCACCCAUAACUGAAUGUAAUGGCCAGAGUUUGUCAGUUUGAAUGCCUAAGCACCCUGUUGGGACCCACAUGCAAGUGUAUAAAUACAUGUUCGACGUAGGCAUUUUUAUGCAUGUGGGCCAGCAUGGCAGUACAAUUUGUUUGCAUACCCACAAAUGACUUUUAUUGUAUAACAAUACGCUUUUAUUCGCUUUACAAAUAACCGUGGAUAACUGUGAGAGGCGCGGUGAGACUUUUGUUUGUGCCGGCGUGGCCGAAAGCCUAUUUAGCAUUUUGUAAGUUGUGUUAAUCCUCACGGGCAGAAAUUCGUGAACAAGUCGUUCAAAUUUUAACAAAAGGAGAUUUCAAUAGUUUUGGGCAUUCAUCGCAAUUAUCGCUACUCUGGUUUUAAUAAAUGAAAGUAAUCACCAACACAAAGAUUAACUUUCACGACGCAACGUUUCUUCACUCCGGUCAAGUGCCUUUAGUAGGGGUGAUCUGAUAUUGAAACUCAUUUCUUUAUAC